CCACGUUUUCCCCGUUUUCUCGCAGCCUCCCGUGUGUGUGUCUCACCUCGACCGCCUCUCUCCCUGGCGCUGCCCUCAUCACCCUUGUCGCUGCCCGCUGGGUUUCACACCAAACGAGCUUGCUCGCCAGACUCUCGCUCUGCUCUCCGUCCGCGCCUCUCGUCGCCAGCCUCUGUUGUGCAGGCCUCUCUUCCUCCGCGACUGCUGUCUGCUCCGCGUCUUGAGCCUCAUAUAAAACUUCUCUGCACCCUCCAGUGGUCGGACGCGCGUCCGCCGGUUCCCCCUCGCUCUCCUCUUCCCUCGCUCUGGUGUACGUACACCAUGGUGUCGAUUGUCAACGCGAAGGCGGACGUUCUGCGGUCGACGGCAGCUUUGGCUGCGAACUGCAACGCCGCGAAAGGCCUGCAGGAAGUCGUCAAAUCGAACUUCGGACCUCAUGGCACUCUGAAGAUGCUUGUCGGAGGCGCAGGCCAGAUCAAAAUCACGAAGGACGGCUGCGUUCUCCUCCACGAAAUGCAGAUUCAACACCCCACAGCUUCCAUGAUUGCUCGCGCGGCAACGGCUCAAGACGAAAGCACUGGAGACGGAACCACCAGCAGCGUCCUCCUCAUUGGGGAACUCCUCAGACAGUCUGAAAGAUUGGUUUUCGAGGGCGUCCAUCCGCGGCUGCUCUGCAGAGGCUUUGAUAAGGCGCGCUCCAAGUGUCUCGAAGUUCUCGACCAACUGAAGGUGCCCGUCGCCCUGUCGCCGCUGCCCGACCGAGAGCUGCUCCACAGUGUCGCUCGAACUUCACUGAGGACGAAGUUGACGGCGGACUUGGCUGAAAAGCUCACUCCCGACGUCGUGGAGGCCGUCUGUGUCAUUGCCAAGCCAGGCGAAGCUGCUCUCGACCUCUUCAUGAUUGAAAUUCUCCACAUGCGUCACGGCCUCGCCAGCGAGACGAAGCUCGUCAAGGGAAUGGUGAUGGAUCAUGGCGCGCGACAUCCGGACAUGCCUACGCACUUGAGGAAGUGCUACAUCCUCACUUGCAACGUUUCUCUGGAGUAUGAAAAGUCAGAAGUGAAUUCUGGAUUUUUCUACUCUUCUGCCGAGGAGCGCGAAAAGAUGGUCGAGGCUGAGAGACGGUUCACUGACGAGAAAGUCAAGAAAAUCAUCGAACUCAAGAGAGCUGUUUGUACGCCGGAGAAUGGUUGCACGUUCGUCGUUCUCAACCAGAAGGGCAUUGAUCCGCCUUCUCUCGACCUCUUCGCUAAGGACGGCAUCUUGGCUCUUCGCAGGGUGAAGAGACGCAACAUGGAACGGCUUUCGCUGUGCUGCGGAGGCAAUCCCGUGAACAGCGUCGACGACUUGACUGAAGCCGAUCUCGGCUUUGCAGACCAGGUCUACGAACAGACUCUCGGAGAGGAAAAGUACACAUUCGUCGACGGAGUGAAGAAUCCGCAUUCGUGCUGCAUCCUGAUCAAAGGUCCAAACGACCAUACCAUUGCUCAGAUCAAAGACGCCCUCCGAGACGGCCUCCGCGCGGUGAAAAAUGUCUUCGACGACCGCGCCGUCGUCCCAGGCGCCGGCGCGUUUGAAAUCGCCGCCUACGCUGCUCUGCAGGAUUUCAAGAAGGAGGUGCCGGGAAAAGAGAAGCUCGCGAUCGAGGCCUUUGCUCAGGCCAUGCUGUCGAUUCCAAAGACGCUCGCAGAGAACAGCGGGAUCGAUGCUCAGGAGUCCGUCUUGAUUCUCGUCGAUGAAUACGAGAAGAGAAAGCGACAACCGGUCGGCCUCAACCUCACCACCGGCGACGCCCUCUCGCCCUCUGUCGAAGGCAUCUGGGAUAACUACCGAGUGAAGAAGCAGAUGCUGUCGAUCGCGCCGACUCUUGCGCAGCAGCUUCUCUUGGUUGACGAGGUCCUGAAAGCAGGGAAAUCCAUGUCUCGCGGCGCAUGAACACUGAAGAAUCUCUGCAAGACUUUCUCGCCUCUUGUCGCCUUCCAGCUGAAACGACAGUCCGUGGGCAACCAACACAUGACUACGCUUCUAACUCUGCAUUCACGGUCAUAUCGACAAAUCUCACGUACAUGUGAUAUGUACACAUGCUAUCACAUAUACAUGGUGUUUUUACUACAUAUACGUAUAUGUAUAUAUAUAUAUAUAUAUGUAUAUAUAUAUAUAUAUGUAUAUAUGUAUGUAUGUGUAUGGGAUCACUAGAUCUGAUCUAUUUCUCGAUAUGCGUGUAGAUAUGGUUGC